AUGUUCGCAAAUUCGGAGACGAAAGGGCACGUAGCCCAUGUGGACGAAGUAUCUAGCUCCAAGCAUCACGAUGGACCAGUCAAUCUAGGUCUUGAUUACGAGAAUAUUGAGAAGCGUUAUUGGAGGUCACCCCGGUUCCUUGGGACCUGUUUGGCCAUCAUCUUCAUGGCAAAUGGCCUUUUCAUUGGUUACGCAAUCCCGGUCAACAUUUUGAAUGUUAUAGAUGCUGAUAUCGGCCCGUCGAGCAAUAUAUCCCUUGUGACACUGAUCAACACGCUUUGUCAAGGUAUCUUCUUUAUCCUCGUCGGAUCUUUAAGCGAUGCCAUCGGACGACGCUACUUCAUAAUUGCCGGAGAACUUUCAGGCGUCUUGGGAGCAAUUCUGGGUGCGACGGCAAAAGACAUCAACUGGUUGAUUGGAGCAGGUGUCUUCGUGGGAUUUGCCGCCGCGGUCCAGAUAUCAUAUCCGCUGCUCGUCAUGGAGAUGGUUCCAAACAAGUACAGAUUUUGGGGCCAGGGCGCAAUUUCAUUCAUGGUCCUUCCAACACUAGGCUUCGGACCUUUGAUCGGUCGUGUCAUCGUGCAGAACGUUCACGGCUCCAACGGCGGCUGGAGGUUUACUUAUUGGCUAUCCGCAAUCGUGAACGGCAUCUCGCUGAUCCUCUUCGUACUAUUUUACUUCCCGCCAGCCUUCCACGAUCUACAAGCUCGAAAGUCUAGAGUAAAGCAAGCUCUCCAGGUAGACUAUGCUGGGUUUGGCAUAUACGCCUGUGCGAUUGUCUGCCUUCUGUUGGCACUCACUUGGGGAGGACAGCAAGAUCCUUGGAAUAGCGCAAAGAUCAUCGCACUGCUUGUUUUAGGGUGUGUGGGACUCAUUGCUUUCGUACUUUAUGAGGUGUAUAUGCCGCUUGCAGAUCCUAUCCUACCUAUGUCCCUCUUUAAGAUACGGAACUACUAUCUGGCCGUCAUUAUUGGCGCCAUCGCCCAAAUGUCGUAUUAUGCAUUGAACGUUUUCUGGCCCACACAUGUGUCGGCGUUAUACACAACCGAUAAUAUGAAGAUUGGCUGGUUGAGCAGUACAACUGGAACUGCGCUUGCCAUUGGAGAGAUUGUGAUGGGCCCAGUCUGUCAUCGGAUCGGACAUUUUAGAACUCAGCUCGUCGCUGCCACCACUGGACUUUGCAUAUUUGGAGGGCUUCUAGGAAUGGCAAAUGAGCAUCGAGAAGGCCUAGCUAUCGCUUGUACUGCAAUGUCGGGUUUUUUUGUUGGAUGGCUGGAGCUAUUGAGUAUUGUCAUGGCCGGACUUGUUGUGCCACCGGAGAAAAUUGGUGUUGCUCAGGCCUUCCAUGGCUCGACUCGCGCGGUAACAGCCACUGUCGCAGUCGCCAUAUAUCUGGCAGUCUUUGAUGGUCGAAUCACUGUAGACCUUCCAAGAGAGGUUGUCUCAUUUGCUACUUCUGCUGGCCUCCCAAGUUCGAGCACAACCGAUCUCCUACUAGGAGUUGCGAACGGUACGACUGCAGCGCUUGAAGCGGUUCCGGGGAUGAACAAAACUAUCCUUGCCGCCGUUGGAGCUGGUACCAAGAGGGGCUACGCUAUGUCUUUGAGCACAACUUACCUGACCAGUCUUGCUUUUGGCGGACUUGCGUUGAUAACUUGCUUCUUUAUUAAGGACAUAUCUGAGUACUUGACUCUUUUCGUGAAUAAGAAAGUUGACGGAACUCUUCACGGAGAGCAAAGCGAAGAAGAGAAAGUGUGAUGAUGCUCAUAUCAAUUGUGAGGCUGAAUAAUUCACAAAC